UGGUCCCGUCUUACCAGAUAUCAGAUAGUCAUUUCCCUUAAAAACGGAAAGCGCUGUUCAGCGUGCGUCUGCCCGGCGCUCUCUACUGUGUUUGAAGUUCGUCUGUCUCACUCACGUUUCUUCUGGUAUCGACCUAGUUCCUGUCUUUGAAACACCUGUUUCUUCGGUAAACAUAGUCAGUAUUACAAUUAGAAGACGCCGCGAAGCUACGAAUUCAAAGAGAAGGUUGUAGAGAGAAGGAGAGAGAGAGGUCAUCGAGCCCUGCCCGAUUUCAUCGUCAAAUCAUGAAGACGCUGAGAAUAUUACUGGUCUCUGUUUUGUUGGCGAUGGGGCUGUCCACCGUCCUCUCUGGAAAAGUGAACAAACACAAGCCCUGGAUUGAGACAUCGUACCACGGAGUCAUAUCAGAGAACACAGACACCGUCCUGUUAGAUCCUCCACUGGUGGCCCUUGACAAGGAUGCACCAGUGCCCUUUGCAGGUGAGAUCUGCGCAUUUAAAAUCCAUGGGCAGGAUGCUCCGUUUCAGGCCGUGGUUCUCAACAAGACGUCGGGUAUUGGCCUGCUUCAGGCAAAGAGCCCCAUCGACUGUGAACUGCAGAAGGAGUACACGUUCAUCAUCCAGGCCUAUGACUGUGGCUCUGGCCCCAGUGGCUCUGGCUGGAAAAAGUCACACAAGGCAGUGGUGCACAUCCAGGUGAACGACGUGAACGAGUUUCCACCCGCGUUUCGGGAGCCCAUGUACCACGCAGCGGUGACGGAGGGGAAAAUCUACGACAGCAUCCUGCAGGUGGAGGCCACUGACCAGGACUGCUCGCCGCAAUACAGCCAGAUCUGCAACUAUGAUAUUGUUACCCCGGACACGCCCUUCGCCAUAGACCGCAAUGGUAACAUCAGAAACACAGAGAAGCUCAGCUAUGAUCGACAGCAGCAGUACAAAAUCAUGGUGACGGCAUUUGACUGCGGCCAGAAGAGGGCAACAGAGAGUGUCCUGGUUCGCAUUGAUGUCAAACCUGUCUGCAAACCUGGCUGGCAAGGUUGGAACAAACGUGUGGAUUAUGAACCAGGAACUGGCAGCAAGCAACUGUUUCCCAAGAUGCACUUGGAGACAUGUGAUGAACCGUUGUCCUCAGUCAGAGCUACAGUGGAGCUGCAAACCAGCCAUAUCGGAAAGGGCUGUGACCGUGAGACCUACUCUGAGAAAUCCCUGCAAAAACUGUGUGGAGCCUCAUCUGGCAGCACAGAUCUACUACCAGCCCCAAGUGCCUCUACCAACUGGACAGCCUCGCUCCUGACGGACAGUGGCCGGGACAGCGACCUCAUCUUCCGCUUCGAUGGGCGGCAGGCAGCAAAGAUUCCAGACCAGGUGGUUCCCCAGAACCUGACGGAUCAGUUCACUAUCGCCACCUGGAUGAAACAUGGUCCGAGCCCGGGCCUGCGGGCUGAGAAGGAGACGCUUCUCUGCAACUCCGAUAAAACUGAGAUGAACCGCCACCACUACGCACUCUACGUUCAUAACUGUCGGCUGGUCUUCCUACUGAGAAGGGACUUCACCCAGGUGGACACCUUCCGGCCGGCCGAGUUCCAUUGGAAGCUGGACCAGAUUUGUGACAAGGAGUGGCACUACUACGUGAUCAAUGUGGAGUUUCCUGUGGUGACCCUCUAUGUGGAUGGCGUUACCUAUGAACCCUACCUGGUGACAGACGACUGGCCCAUCCACCCCUCCCAGAUUGAUGUCCAGCUAACAGUGGGUGCCUGCUGGCAAGGAGGCGAAGUGACAAAACCACGCUUCACCCAGUACUUCCGUGGCAGCCUGUCAGGGCUGACUAUUCGACCGGGGAAGAUCGAGAGCCAGAAAGUCAUUUCCUGCCUGCAGGCCUGCAAGGAGGGUCUGGAUAUCAACUCCCUGGAGAGCUUGGGCAAGGGCAUCAAGUUCCACUUCAACCCGGCUCAGUCAAUACUUGUCAUGGAGGGAGACGACCUGGAGAACAUGAAUAUGGCCCUGAAGAAGGUGGCCUACAUCAAUUCGCGUCAGUUCCCCACCCCUGGCAUCCGUCGCCUCCGCAUCUCCACCUCUGUGCAGUGUUUUGGAGAGGAUACCUGUAUCUUGGUCCCGGACAUUGAGGCGGUGGUGAUGGUUCUGCAGCCCAGUGAGCCCCGUAUCACCAUCACCGGGACGGAGCGUCUGACCCAGCCGGCGGCUGACCUGAGUGGCCUGGCUGGCCUGCCCCUGUUCCAGGACCUGCACAUCAUCAGCACAGUCACCAAGAACGAUGCCCCUUCCCACAGCAGAGGUAGCGGACUCAGCACAGUCACCAAGAACGACGCCCCUUCCCACAGCAGAGCCCACAGGCCCGGAGUACUGGAGGAGAUCAUCCACAACCUGGACUACUGUGAUGUGCUGGUGAUGGGAGAGGAGCUGAACCCCGGGCAGGAGAGCCUGCAUCUAGACCGCAGCUCCCUUCUGGGGAAGCACCUGGACGCCACCAACUCCACCUCCGGCAUCUCCAUCUACGGUGUGGAUUCAAUGUCGAAUUAUGAGCAGGUGGUGAGACAGGUGAGGUACCACAACUGGCAUGCAGCAGAACUGUCAGAGAGGAAGUUCCGCCUCACCUGCUCAGAACUGAACGGCCGGUACACGAGCAACGAGUUCAACCUGGAGGUCGGUGUUCUCCACAGGUCAGGGGCUGAGAGCCACGUCAAUCACAUGGCAGUCCAGCCUCAGUACCUGCAGGCUGUUCAUCAUCCAGUCAUGGCCCAUAGUCAAAGCUCAACCCACAACUCAGCUAUUCCUAGUGCAGCCACAGUGGUCAUCGUGAUGUGCAUCACCGCCCUGGUGGUCACCGUGGUCCUGGGCAUCUAUCGCAUCCACGUGGCCCACCAGCGCAGCUCAGACAGUGCGGACAGGACCAAAGGGGGGGAGAUGGACUGGGAUGACUCCGCCCUCACCAUCACAGUCAACCCCAUGGAGAACAUUGAGGAGCCACAGGCUGCUGACAAUGAAGCCAGUGAGGAGGAGGAGGAGGAGGAAGAUGAAGAGGAAGAUGAGCAGGACGAUGACAUCACCAGCGCAGAGUCUGACGACAGCGAUGAAGAGGAGGCCAGAGUUCCCAGGGGGCCACAGGAGAACAAGAGGAGGAACCAACUGGAGUGGGACACCACCACGUUACCCUACUAGUCAAGACAAACACAACCACAUUUACAAUAUCUAUGCCUAAUUCUGAGGUUACUGGUUCAUUGGCAAGACUACUCUCACUGGUAAUUCAACUCUCAAAAGUGUGUUUUUCCAAAAAAAACGUAGUCCAUUUACACUCAAAGUCAAUGAAAUGUCACUCUCUGCUGGUUAUAAAAGUGUACUGCACCACAAACCUGUUCCAGUAGUGACAGUGCUUUGACUGUUAGGCCAUGAGUUUUUGUUUUCUUUUUUUCUUUUAUUUGACUAUUUAAAGAAUGCCCUGCUGAUAGUUGGCAAUUGCACUUCUUAUGUUGCUUGUCAGAUCACAGUUUCUCAGUAUAUUUGGAUUAGUGUAAACACAAGCAAACAUACUACAGUACACACUGACUGGGACUUGAGAACCCAAUCUAAAAAUCUCAAUUUACCCUGCAGGUCACAAUGUGUUAACAGAACCAUGCCUUCUGAUAUUUCAAAUCUCAGUGAUUUUGAAGAUGUAUUGUCAAGCUCCCCUUCAUGGUCUUGUUACGAAUCCUGUAGUCUUAGGUCUAACAUCAUAUCAACUAAAAACAGAAUGCUUGUUAACAGCUAUUUUUCACAUUUUCUGGGUCCAAAGCCACAUGAGAACCUCUGGCAGUUGUGCUUAGCUUCUCUCCAAAUGACCUAUCCAUUGGUUGCAAGUUACACUAAGUGGAAAAGACACAGCACAGUUCUGAAAAGAAAAAUGUACACACUGUAUAUUGUAAUUUCGGUCUUUUAUGUUAAAUACCCCAGGACUUAAAGGUUCUUGUCUUUCAUAUAAACUUUAUUGUAAUAAAAAUUAUGCAUUUAUUUCCAGUGUUUUAAUGUCUUAGUUGGUUUCCCCCUUGCAAUGAAAUAUAUUUUGAUUAUAGUCAUUUAAAAAGUAGGCAAUGUGGAAGAUUGUCAAGUCUUCAAAGAGAUAAUGUUUGAAACAGUGGCACAGAGAGCUUAACUUAUUUUCAGUUGAUGUAUGUUAGAACUUGGGAUUUAUUUAAUGAAAGUUUUUAUUGUUUAUUUUUUGAAACGGUGAAGAAAGGAAGUAGCUGUACAUUUUUAUAAGCUCUUCUGUACAUAGAAUUUAGAGUAGUGAACAUAAGUCCACUCCAUGGCUUCUCCCAUUUGUAUGUUAGACCCAUACUUGCUUGUUGGAGACCAUCCAGCCUCUGUAUGUGUUUGUAACCAACUCACCGUUUGUUAGAUUUUUUUUCUGUCUUGCCAUCGGUGAGUGUUCUGGUCUCUGUCUGGGAUGGAGAGCUGUGGGUUCUAAUUCGUUGAGAGGGACAUAGACGCAUCACUGUUCACAUGUCGAGUGGGGCUUUACGCUGCAGGGGUCACCUUUUCCUCCGCAAGCUUAUUGACAUCAUGUGUUUAGAAGCCAUGUUCCCAUACACGCAGCUGUCCAGUGAGACCUGAAGAUAAAGAAACAUAUGAGGAGUAACAUCACAGAAGAGAUUUGCAUGUCCACCUGAGGCAAUCUCUGAGCCAAAUCCUUUAAAACAUACUGUAUAUUAAUGUGGGCAAUGUUUCAAAAAUCUUAGCAGUCAUUAGUUAUCGGCAGUCAAAUUUUGAAAUGGAACAUUGACUAUUGGGUUAUCUGGACUAUAUCUGUACAAACUUCUGUCCCAGUAAUGUUAAAUUGAACGUUAUAUUCCCAAAAUGACUUUAAUCCUUCUGAUAUCUUGCCAUUUACAGAAAAACAGGAAUACAGGGUAGCAAUCAACACUUAUCUGACAUUCCGGUCCAAUGAUGCAUUGCACCUUGUGUCUUUUCUUCCAGACCCCCUAGCAAUGACAAAUAUGCUCCCCACUCCACAAUUUGAGAUUGUGACAGAGGCACCAUUUUAGUCUGUGAUGACAAGACCUUGCUUGCUGUUUGUUACCUGAUUUAGCUGGAAGAAUGCCAUUUUGAAUCUGUGUAUAGGUAGCUACAUGUAAAGUCUGUAGCAGUGAUUAGGGUUUGUUCAUCCCUUUUUCACAUUAGUGAGUGUGACAUCACCAUGGUGAGGCUUGCGCCAGUUACUUUUGGCUCAUUCGUGUCAUUAGAUUGCAUCCAGGCAUUUUGUUUUGAGCUUGUUUUUUUUUCAGUUUUGUAAACGUUUCCUUUUUUGUUUUUGCAUUAAAUUCAUGGUUACCAACAUGUUUGUUCUACAAGAAGAAGAAGAAAGUAAAUGCUGUUUUAAAAAAAUCAACCCUGUAAAAUGUGUAAAACUUUUUUUUCUGCUCUUUUUCUUUAUUAUAGGUUUUGGUUACUUUUUGGUGGUCACUGCCGCACUUUCUGUACAUUGGCCAAUAAAGACGUUUUAGAAUCA